CUCCACAUUAGUCUUUUUAUUUUAUUUACCCUCCUUUAUAACUUUUACUUUUGUAUUGUUUUACUAAUCCAUUCUCAAACAAACAUCAGGAGGAAGCCGGCGAAACGCAGUUUCUGGGUACAGACCCCAGUUCUGUUCAAUUGCAAAGGUAAAGCUGAAUCCUACAACACCAACCCAACAAAGGUCUGGCCCCUCUUCCUGUUUUUCAUUAUACCCAGGUGCUAUCUUCUUUUGCUUUUCACUCUAGUUUCAGAUUUCUAUGAAACUGGUUGCAGAAACAGAAAGAUCAUGUCUUUACUUUCUGACAUUAGCAGACAGUACUAUUGUAAGUUUGUAACUGACUCUUUAAAUGAUAUAUCUAAGCCUUGUUUUAUUCUGCUGCUGUUUGAGUUCGUUUCUGCUAAUGUGUGAGGCAUAUCCAGGAAAUGCAAUACACACUAACACUACUGUCAGUUCGCUCAGUUGGAUACAGUUUAUGAAUUCAGAUAUAUGUAAUUUUUUUUAAUAUCUCGGAAGCCUUACUAGAUGUUGAUCAAUUUAUGGUGAAGCAUGUGCCCGGAUUUUAAUCUGAAAGCACUUUUGUUGAUGAUUAUGUUGGUAUUGCAAAGUCUGGUCAGAUAUCAGAAUGCUUAUAGUGUGGUUUAGAGCUUAGGGAAUUCAGACACUUUAAUGUUUUUAUAAGUUCCGUAACAAGACCGGAAUUCAGAAGGAGUCUCUGUUUGUCAUUAUGUAUUUGGAAAAAGUUCCUUGGAUUUGGUACUACUGUUGUUUAGUACCCAGAUUCCAGGAGCGCUGAGUGUACCAAAGACAUGCUUGCAAACAUUGGAGUGUGGAACUGAGGAGUAUUAAUCAAGUGAGGCUAAGAAUUGUCAUUGACUAGGAAAUUCAAUGACAAUUUCCUUGUAUUUGGACCUCUAUGUCAGAUAUGAGUCAAUGAUUAAUUUUUACUCUUCUGUUCUUGUUCUUGUUCUUGUUCUUGUUCCGUCUCUUUUUGGGCUCUUCGAUGAAUUUAUUUGUUUUUCCUUGCUUAUUUCUAGGAGUUUAAGACAAACCUGCUAGACAAACAUUCAAGUCUAUAAAAUCUGAUGACACAUAACUAUUUGUGUCUAACCCCAAAUCAACUAUAGGGCUUAUAGUUUCAGUCAUAGAGUAAGUACUCGUUACUCCCACCCCUCCCAUUGGCCUUAGUUCUCUUUAAAGCCCGAACUAAAAAACGACCUACUUCUGCCAACUAUUUUGUACCAUGGAAACUUUGGGUGCUUUCAUUGUUGAAGUAGGCAAGUCUUUAACCAAAUUCCUGUGGUCGAAGUUUGCCACCCUGAGAAAAUUCCAAAAAAACAUCCAGACUCUGAAGAAGGAGCUGCAAACCCUCAGUUGCCGAAAGGAUCAGAUAACUGAAGAUAUUGCGUUAGCAAAAUUAGAAGGGAAGUGCCCAGCAAGCCAAGUUGUAGGCUGGAUUGAGAAGGUUGAAGGCAUUGAGCAGGCUGUUAAGGAGGAGAUUGACAGCAAACUGCAGCCAUUUUUGCAGGAAGAUCAGAUCGAUCCUUCUGUUAAUGGCCAGGGAUGUAUCUUUGACUUGAACAUGCACCAGAGGUACCAUCUUAGCAAAAUUGCAGCAAAGAGGUGUGAUGGGGUGAAACAAUUAAUUACUGAAUCGUACAACUUUUCUACUAUGUGGGAAUCUUUGAUGCUUCGUAUCAUACCCAUUCAGCAUAUUCCAGCACCAUCUCUUGUUGGCCAGAAAGCACAAGAGAUGCUAAAGCAGGUUAUGGAAUGUCUGGCUGAUAAUAAGAUCAGUAGGAUUGCUGUCUAUGGAAUGGGAGGUUCUGGGAAGACUACGCUAGUAAAAACCUUGAACAAUCAGCUCAAGUCUUCUGGUUCAAAGUUAUAUGAUGUGGUCAUCUGGAUCCCUGUCUCAAAUGACUUGGAUAUGAAAAGGGUUCAAUCUCGGGUCGCUGAGAGAUUAAACUUGGCAAUAAAAGCAGAAGAGAGCAUAGAGAAUAGGGCUUGUAGAUUACAUCAAGCAUUAAAGUCAAAAAGGUUUCUCCUUAUUCUUGAUGACGUUUGGGAGAAGAUUGACUGGGAUGCUGUGGGGAUACCACAAGGUGAUGACCAAGCAAACUGUAAGAUCGUAUUCACAACCCGAUCUCUUGCUGUGUGUAGGGAAAUGGUGACCGAUAAAGAAUUAAAGAUGGAACUUCUUAAUGAGGAAGAGGCUUGGAGUUUAUUUGCAUGGAGUGCAGGAAAUGUAGUGGAGUCAGAACAGAUAAAUCCUCUUGCAAGAGAAAUAGCCAGGGAAUGUGGUGGUUUACCCCUAGCAAUUGAGACUAUGGGGAAGUACAUGAAGGACAAAACAAUGAUACAGUUAUGGAAAGAUGCUCUAUGCCAGUUGAAGCAUUCAAGAUCAGAUUAUGGGAGCUUUGAAAAGGUGCAUCUGCGACUGGAAUUGAGUUAUAACUCUUUACCAAGUAAGAUUCUUAAGAGGUGUUUCUUGUUUUGUUCCCUGUACCCAGAAAAUCUUUUAAUUACUGCUAGGGAACUAAUAUGUGGCUGGAGAGCGGAAGGACUAAUCAGUGAGCAUCGAACUUUAGAGGAGUCAUUUAACGAUGGAAUUGCAAAAAUUGAAUAUUUGAAAGACUCUUGCAUGCUAGAACAAGGUGAACGCAUAGGAACAGUAAAGAUGCACACUGUAUUGAGGGAAGUCGCCUGGUGGAUAUACUCAAAUAGAAAAGAAACUGGGUUUUUUAGCAGCUCAUUUCUGGGAAUGCAGGCGAAGUUGCAGAGUUCUUUCAGAGUAGUUUCAUAUAUGCAGAACUCUAUAACCAGCUUGCCUAGUAGAUUCUCAUUCUCCGGGUGCUCCAAACUCACUGUGUUGUUCCUCCAAUGUAAUCCUUUCUAUAAAAUUCCUGAUGGGUUCUUUCGAGAACUUAGAGCCUUAAGAUUCUUGAAUCUGAGCAGCACUCAAAUAUCUUCCUUGCCUUCUUCUCUUCUUCAGCUAACAGAGCUACACACUCUUCUCUUAAGAGACUGUUCUUCUCUAGAAAAUCUCCCACAACUUGGAGCUCUCCAUAAACUCCAGGUGCUUGAUCUAUAUGGCACUCGCAUAAGAGAGCUUCCAAAAGACACGGGAACUCUAACUCAUCUGAGAGAUCUAAACUUGUCGCACACAAACCACCUAAAAAGUAUCAUAGCUGGAUCCAUCUCAGGAUUAUAUAGUCUUGAGGCCUUGGACAUGUCUUUCAGUGCUUAUCAGUGGGAUGUGGAAUGUAAUGUAGAAGGAGCAUCAUUUGAUGAAAUUUUAUCCUUACAGAGGCUUUCAGUUCUUCACAUAAGGCUAGACACGGUUGAUUGUGUUGCUUUGGACUUUGAUGGCUCUUGGUUUGGAAGUUUGAAAGAGUUUUCUAUUUGGAUUGGUCCAAGGAGCUGUGACUUAAGCUAUUUACCAACUCAGCAUGAUGAGAAACGGGUCAUACUUAGAGGGGUUGACCUCUUGCAAAGUGGCCUUGAGGGGUUAUUGUGCAGUGCAGUUUCCCUGGACCUGGUCACAUGUGGAGGCAUGAGUAGUUUAUCCGAUGUAGUUUCCAACAGAAAAUUGGGUGGCCUGCCAAAUUUGAAGUUUCUCACCAUCUCAAAUUGUGACUGCAUCACUAGUUUGUUUAUUGGCGAACAAACUCUUGCAAGCACAUUGCCAAAUCUACAGCAUUUGAGUCUCAAUCGCCUAAACAAUUUGGAAACCAUGGUGGACAGGAUACUCCCUAGAGGAUGCCUUGGAAAAUUAAAGACCAUCGAAGUGAUGGGAUGCGGACGACUAAAGACUCUCAUAUCCUUCCCUUUACUUAGAAGGGUUCAAAAUGUUGAAGAAAUCAAGGUGAGUGACUGCAGGAGGAUGAAGCAAAUUAUUGUAAAUAUCAUUUUGUACGAACCUCUUCCAAAGAUGAAAACAAUAGAAGUAAGGGAUAUGGACAGCUUAACAACUAUUUGUUCAAGGGCUGCAAAGUUGACUGCUCUGGAGAGGAUUGAAGUUAGCAAUUGCCCCAAGCUAGAGAUGCUUCCACUCAGAGCUCACAAUGCAGCAAAUCUCAAAGAAAUUAGAGGAGAGUUAAGUUGGUGGAAUGGUCUUAGAUGGAAACGAGAUGGAGAUAUGACCGGUCUUCAGCAACGAUUCCAAGCGUGCGCAGACUCCACAAUGCUGUUAGAUACAGAGGUAAACAAGAAUGUGUGAUAAAUUCAUAAUAUAUACUUUCGCUGUUCAUAUUUUUGAGUUCAUGAAAGAUUUCGACUUUUC